GGAUGCAGAGAGAGAGACCGAUACUUGCAUCCCGGAAGUAUGCUCCGGUGUGAUAGCCUAUCCCCUCUGUUGUGUGUGUGGGGGUUGUCAGAACUCAACUGACUGUCAGAUGAGGAUCUCUGUUCAUCGCUUUAAAUUACAUUUUUCUCAUUUGUAUGGCAUGUAGAUAGCAGAUACCACAGAGUGACAAUGCAGAUUCUCACUCCUCAUGUUUACUGGGCUCAGCGGCACGGAGAGAUUUUCCUCCGGGUGGAACUGAGCGAUACAAAGAAUCUUGACAUCAGCCUGCAAGAAAACAACACACUUCAGUUCAGAGCACAGGGCCAUGGAGCUAAAGGAGAUAAUGAAUACAAGUUCAGUUUGGAGUUCCUGGAACCUGUUAGACCUGAGAUCAACCAUAAGUCCACCCAGCGUCAGGUGGACAUCAAGAUCAAGAAGCAGGAGGAGCGCUGGUGGGACCGGCUGACACUGCAGGAAAAGAAGCCUCUGUUUUUGGCUCCGGACUUUGAUCGCUGGCUGGACGAGUCCGACGCAGAGAUGGAGCUUCAGGCUAAGGAGGAGGAGAAGAUAAACAAGAUAAGUGUGGAGUCAAGAGUUCGUAAAGACCCAUACCUCGGGCUGAAGAAAGGCUACUUGUUUAUGUACAACCUGGUGCAGUUCUUGGGGUUCUCCUGGAUCUUUGUCAACAUGACGGUUCGACUCUUCAUUCUUGGUCAAGAUUCGUUCUAUGAUACCUUCCACACCACGGCUGAUAUGAUGUAUUUCUGUCAGAUGAUGGCCGUGCUCGAGGUCAUUAAUCCCUUGUUGGGUCUGGUUAAGACUGGAUUUCUCCCUGCUAUGCUUCAGGUGACAGGGAGAAACGUCAUUCUGUUUGUUAUCUUCGGCAGUCUGGAAGAGAUGCAGAACAAAUCUGUUGUCUUCUUCGUCUUCUACCUGUGGAGCACCAUCGAGAUCUUCAGGUACCCAUUCUACAUGCUGGCCUGCAUCAGCACAGAGUGGAAGCUGUUAACGUGGCUGAGAUACAGCCUCUGGAUCCCUCUGUACCCGCUGGGGACUGUGGCUGAAGCGGUGGCUGUGAUCCAGUCCCUUCCCAUCUUUGAUGAGACGCGUCUGUUCAGCCUCCGCCUCCCUGCGCCGCUGGGACACUCUAUAAGCUUCUCCUACACUCUGCAGCUCUACCUGGUCCUCAUGUUCCUGGGACUCUUCUUCAAUUUCCGCCACCUGUACAAGCAGCGGAGGAGACGAUACCGCUCGAGGAAAAGGAAAGUCCACUAACUCGCCAGCACUUUGAUUUUCCACACACCCUGAACUGCCGUCCACUUAAAGAUAAAGCAGCUGUUUUCUUUUCCUCUAAUUGCCUUUCUAUCAUCUUCCUACACACACUGACCUGAUAAUGGAGUACUGGUUACCUUAUUCCACCGCGUGAACUGUUAAACUUCUCUAGACCAAAUCCUGUAAAUCUUGUAAAAAAAACUGUAACAUCUCAACGACUCACUUUAGAACACUGUACAGGUUGAUCCAGUGCUUCACUUCUACCAUGUUUAUUCUCUUAAUAAUGUCCAUAAUUAAUGAAGAUUUAUCUCUGUGUCUGCAGUCACUGUCUAAGAUUCUGUUAUGACAGAAAUACUUUAUGGAUUUUUCUGUUGAUUUCCUUGUUAGGGUAACAUAUAUGAACAUAUAGGAGUAAUUUGUUUUAGAGUUGAAAAUAAUAUGGUUUAGGAAAAGAAUUUCUGCUUACAAACUUACUGCAACAGAUCAGCCAUUUUUGCUUUAUUUAUACCUUGUUGGUUCAAAAAUAAUAUAAUUACCCUCAAAACUGCUUUUCAAAACAUGUAUUUUAACCCAAUAAUUCAAAAUCAGAUCCCUCACAGUCAAUAAUAUUGAUUAACCUUUAUAUUUUGUUAUAUUGUUGUUGUGUCUUAAUGCAAUUGAAAGCCAAUACAGUUUUGAUACUCUCUCUGUCGGUGUGUUUAAGGACGCUUCAGUCUCUGGGAAUGUAGAAUUUUCUGCAUUAUUUGAAAUUCAAGAGUCGGCAAAUGAAUAUGUUCAUCUCUCUGAUGUCCAUGUGUGCUUGUUUUCGUCUGGGUGUUAUUAUCUGAAAAGCCUGUAAACAAAACCCUUGUUUUGUUUCUCAAAUGUCGGAAUGUAUUUUAGAGAGAGUUUGAAAAUUGCUCCUGCUCGCGACUGCAUGAAGAGGCAACAAUCUCAAGCAAGUUUCACGGCUCUGCAAGUUGAAUGUGAACUUGUAGAUUCUUUAAAAAAUGUGUCUGCAGCGAUGUAAAGUUGAUAAACUAAAACACCACUUUUAUGGUUCUGGAAUCGAUAGAGAUUAUUUCAGAUGCCUUUGCAUGAAAAGACUUUGGCUCUUAACUAUAAACUGUCAAAUUUAGAUGCUUGUUGUUUUCAGAGGUGCAUUACAAACACUGAGCCUUGUCAUUCACUGUUUUGAAUAAUAAAAAAGCCAUGCAAAUUACUGAAGAAAGGAAUAUUUAUAUCUGCUUACACUAUCCUUCUUACUGGCCUUUACAUAAGUUUUAUUGGUAACGACACACAUUUAUGCUUAUACCUAAUGACCUACAAAUGUUUUUUUGUCCUGCGAAACUUGUUGAAAGCUGUGAGAGGGACAUGGAUCAAAAUCAGGAUUUUAGAGUUGUUAACUGUGAAUGAUACAUAAUGAAUCAUGUAAUGUGAUUGUUUAAAAUGCAUAAAACUAUUAUGUGAUGCUUUACAGCAGAGGCAAAAGAUUUUAAGUUGGUUGAGGUUUAGCCAUCAGACUUCACAGCCCCCUCUCUUCAUUGAAGAAAGGCAGGGAUGCGUUGGCUAGCUGAUGCAUAAAGAUGUCCAUUCUUUUACUUCCUGUGAAGUUUGACCUGUAAAAAGGCGCUGCAAUUUGAGAGGGAAUGUUCGAUUGACAUGCAGUUGAGGAAGUAUUGAUUGUUGCCAUUUCAGAGUGUUUUUGUGUGUAACUCUGCAUUUCUGCCAUUUCUAGACGGACUGCAUCUCCAGAGUUCUCUCUGCUUUAAAGCCACUAUGUGUAGGAUUUAAAGAUGUAGACCUUUGGCUCCCCUAGUGGUAUUAUUAAAAACUCCAGUUGAAA